AACUCAUCUGUAGCUUGUGUUCAGAACGACCACUUUAAGGAAAUGCGUGUCUUGUUAUCGAUAUGAAAACGCAGUAUUUAUAACCGGACAUACUGUAUAAUGUUUGAAACAUUGACGUGGCUGUAGGCGGCGCGCACGCACGCACAGCUGUCAACAUCACCUGACGCCAUGACGUCACACAUUACCCAAAAUGGCGGAACAACAACAACACACAGAAGGACAGGCCGAUGAAGACGAGGCUUAUGAGAUGGUGGAUCUCACCACAUACGCACGGAGUCACCAGUGGUGGAGCACCGUGUUUGGGAACAACUCCGGGCCGAUCGUGGAGAAAUACUCGGUGGCCACUCAGAUUAUGAUGGGUGGAGUCACGGGCUGGUGUGCGGGAUACCUGUUUCAGCGGGUGGGAAAGAUCGCCGCUACGGCCGUUGGAGGAGGAUUUCUGUUGUUACAGAUAGCCAAUCACAGUGGCUACGUCCAAGUUGACUGGAAGAAAGUGGAGAAAGAUGUUAACAAAGCAAAGAGACGCCUGAAGAAAAAAGCCAAUAAAGCCGCACCUGAGAUCAACACGUUUAUUGAGGAGGCUUCUGAAUUUGUGAAGAAAAACAUUGUCGUUUCCAGUGGAUUUGUUGGUGGCUUCUUGCUUGGCCUCGCCUCUUGAGUUGAAACACGUUUCCUGUGAUGCUGUGAAGAGUGCCGUCCCAUCAUGCACCUCAUGUUAGGCUGGUGCCGCUGUUCGCUCUUUUAACCAGUCAGUACUUGGUGGCUUCUUCAUUCACUUAGUAUGUGUGAGUUUGAUGAUAUGGAGGUGAAAGUGAGCUUAUUCUUUGCUAUUUAUUUUGCUGAAAAUUACUGUUCUCAGCUCAUUCUUGUACAGGUUUUGUAAUUUUGUUCCUGAAGUUACUGUUGCAUUUUCAUGGCCUUUGUUUGUUAAUUUAUGUUUCUUUAUGGGGACUGUUUACAUUGUAAAUAAAAAUGACUCCUGAUUCAA